AUGCCUAGAAUUAAAUGUACAAACAGUGAGCCUAUUCCUAUUCUUCACAAGUAUUAUCAGUCAGGAGAGCUCACCAUUGCUGGCAUAAUGUCUCAGAUCUACAUGCUUUAUGACCUGAUAACAUUCAGAAGACAUCCCAAUCAGGAGCUGAUUGAUGAGUUCAUGCUACUGACACAGAACUACCAACACAUCCUGGCCUUGGUAUUUGCAGUGAAGGAGAUCAACAACUACCAACACAUCUUACCCAAUGUCACUGUUGGAUUUGGCAUCUAUAAUAAUUAUUUUCACCCACAAUUCACAUACCGGGCCUCACUGAAAGCUCUCUCCAUGCAUGACAAAUUUAUCCCUAACUACAAAUGUGAUGUCCAGAACAAUCUGGUAACAGUCAUUGGGGGACCAAAUUCUGACAUUGUUGGACACAUAGGAACCAUACUGGGCAACUAUAAGAUUUCACAACUCACUUACGCCUCUGCUCCAGAGACAAAUAACAAACCCGAAGAUAUUUUCUUCCACUGGAUGUUUCCAAAUGGAGUCCAUCAGUAUAGGGGGAUCCUCCAGUUAUUGUUGCAUUUCAGGUGGACGUGGAUUGGGGUGAUGUACCUUGAUGUUGACAGUGCAAAGACAUUUGUACAGCAUGUGCUUCCCAUGUUUAUCUACAAUGGAAUCUGCUUUGACUUCAUCAAAACAUUACCAGGUACAGAUUUUUCUAAUCAGAUCUCUGAGAUAAUGAAGAAGUCAUUGGAGGCAAUAAGUAUUGCCAUGGAAAGUACAGCUAAUACAGUGAUCUUCCAUGGUGAAUUUCAGUCUAUGAUAACUGUGAGAAAUUUGUUCACACUUUCACAAAUUGAGGAUGUACCAGUGAAGACAAAAAUCUGGAUUAUGACUGCAGACAUGGACUUUGCAUCAGUACCCCUUCAAAGAAACUGGGACAUUAGUUUCAUCCAUGGCUCUAUAUCCUUUGCAGUCUCCUCAAAGGAGGUGUCAGGAUUCCAGGAAUUCCUUAAAAUGAGGAACCCUACAUUGGAAAAAGAAGAUGGUUUUCUAGGGGAGUUCUGGCAACAAGUAUUUGACUGCUUGCUCCCCAGCUCUGGUGUAGGCAAAAUGGAUGUCAAUAUCUGCACUGGGGAAGAGAAACUGGAGUCCCUUCCUGGGUCUGUUUUUGAAAUGAGCAUGACUACCCACAGUUACAGCAUCUACAAUGCUGUCUAUGCCAUGGCACAUGCUUUGCAUAGCAUGCAUUCAUUCAUAUCAAAAGACAAAACAACAGUAAAUGGAGAGAGACGGAAGCAGCUAAAUCAGCAGCCAUGGAAGCUCCCACACUUUCUGAGAAGUUUAUCAUUUAACAACAGUGCUGGGGAAGAGCUUUCCUUUGACCAAAAUGGUGAAUUAGUAGCUGGAUUUGACAUUAUCAACUGGGUCACAUUCCCAAACCAGUCCUUUCUUAGAGCGAAGGUUGGAAGAAUAGACCCACAGGCACUCCCAGAUAGAGUAUUCACUAUCUCUGAGGAUGCCAUCAUAUGGCCCAGCAGGUUUAACCAGACACACCCUCUUUCUGUGUGCAAUGACAACUGCAGUCCAGGUUAUCACAAGACAAAGAAAGAAGGGAAACCAUUUUGCUGUUAUGAUUGCCACCCAUGUCCAGAGGGGAAGAUUUCAAACCAGACAGACAUGGAUGGCUGCUUUCCGUGUCCAGAGGGUCAUUAUCCAAACAUUGACAGGGAUAUAUGCCUCCUCAAAGAUGUAACCUUCUUGUCUUAUGAAGAAUCACUGGGAAUAGGUUUGGCCAUUGCUGCUCUUUCCCUUUCUUUCCUUACAGCUUUGAUGAUAGGAACCUUCAUGAAACACCACAACACACCCAUUGUCAGAGCCAAUAACAGGAAUCUUUCCUACAUUCUCCUCCUCUCCCUCCUCCUCUCGUUCCUUUGCAUUUUCCUAUUCAUUGGCCAGCCCAAUAUGGUAACAUGUCUUCUUCGACAAACUGCUUUUGGCAUCAUCUUCUCAGUGGCUGUUUCCUGUAUGUUGGCUAAAACCAUCACCGUGAUUCUAGCUUUCAUGGCCACCAAGCCAGGAUCCCAAAUGAGAAAAUGGAUGGGGACAAAGCUGGCUGCCUCCAUUGUUAUUCCGUGCUCCCUUAUUCAAACUACUCUUUGUACCUGCUGGCUGGCAACAUCUCCACCAUUCCCAGAUGUUGAUAUGCAUUCAGAAAUCAGUGAAAUAAUUGUACAAUGUAAUGAAGGGUCUGAUGCAAUGUUUUAUUGUGUCUUGGGCUUUAUGGGUUUCUUGGCUGCAGUCAGUUUUAUUGUGGGUUUCCUAGCCAGAAAGUUACCAAGCAGUUUCCAGGAAACCAAGUCAAUUACCUUCAGCAUGUUGUUGUUUUGCAGUGUUUGGUUGUCUUUUGUUCCAACUUACCUUAGCACUAAAGGAAAAUACAUGGUGGCUAUGGAGAUCUUCUCCAUCUUGGCCUCCAGUGCUGGGCUACUGGGUUGCAUCUUUUUCCCCAAAUGCUACAUUAUCAUGUGGAGGCCUGAUCUGAACAAAAAGGAGCAACUAAUAAAGAGAAUAACUUGA